AUCAUUUAUUAAAUAUAUCAUCUUGUUUUUCAUAGAAAUAAUUAUAUAUAGAUGUAUAAAAAAUAAAAUACUUUUGUUUCUCUUUAAGGUAUACUUGAAAAAGAACAGGAACAAAGUGUCGUCUAUGGAUCAACUGAUUUUGGAAAAACUUGUACAACCAAUGAUAAAUAUAAAGAAUUAUUGGAUAAAGUUUCUACUAUGCUUAAAAUUAAACCACAUUCAAUUAAAACUGAAAAAGGUGAUACUGUAGAAUUAUUAACUGCUGUAGAAUGUAAGGGUAUUAUUGGUAAUGAUGGAAGACAUUAUUUAUUAGAUUUAUUACGUAUGACACCACCUGAUCUUAAUUAUUUACCAGUUGAUGUUGAACAUCUAUCACCAUCGAUGAAACAGCUUGAUUAUCCAAAAACUUACAAACAUCGUUUGUGUUGUUUAAGACAAGAAUUAAUCGAUGCUUUUAUUGAACAAAAAUAUGUGGAUUUUUAUCGUUCAAUUGCACUUAAUUUAUCAAAAUUACGAUCAAAUGAAUCUACACCAAAUGAUACUGCUGAAAGAACAAAUGUUGAAGAAGCUAAACGUAUAGUCAAUGAAAUUAGUGUUGAAGAUAAUAGUCGAGAAAUAAUUCAAUCAGCAUGUCGUUCGAUUGGAUCAGUAAAAGAUAAUGAAUUUGAUGUUCGUUUUAAUCCUGAUGUAUUUCAACCACAUGUAACACUCAAUCAAACGCCUGCAGAAACAGCUGCUGAUAUAAAACUACUUAAAGAAGCAUCUGAAUAUUUAGUAUUAAAACAAAUUCCAUUAAUGAUACAAGAUUUUCAAGAUCAUUCAUCCGUACCUGUUGACGGUGAAGGUCUUUCUGAAGCUAUGCAUUCAAGAGGAAUUAAUAUUCGUUAUCUUGGCCGAGUUGCUCAUCUUCUUACACAGCAACCAUCCCUUAUUUAUUUAUAUGAAAUUGUUGUUACAGAAAUUCUUUGUCGAAGUGCAAAACAUGUAUUUCGUACAUAUUCACAAUCAGUACCAAUUCAUCUUUUGUCAUUUUCAAUAAGCCAUUUUUUGAAUUGUUUUCUAACACUUAUAUCAUCACCUGUAACAGACUAUACAUUUGAUGAAUUAUCAUCAUCAACUUCGACAUCAACGACAAAUACAUCAAAUACAUCUUUAUCUAAUUCAACUAAUACAACGUCACAAAAAACAAAUAAUAAGAAGAAAAAUAAAAAACAACAACAGCGUAAACAUAGUCCAAUUAUGAGAAAUGAAUCUUUAGAAUUUUCAUCAUUAACAUCGAAAUUACUUUGGACACAAUUAACAAAUGAAGCUAAAUCAAGAUUUAGUUUUGAUUUAACUUGUGAUGAUAUUGAAUCAUUUGUUGAUAAAUAUUCUGUUCGUCGUACAUGUAUUUUACGUUCAUUUUGUUUGAAAACUGGUUUACAAUUAGCUAUGCGUGAAUAUCAAUUUGAAUCAACCAAUAAAUCAUCUCGUACAAAUACGGACUGUUUUACUGAAGAUGAUGUUGUUAAUAUGUAUCCUGUUAUUAAACAAGUUCCACCAAAACCAAGUGAUGCUUAUCAAUUUUUUACAAGUGGCCAACAAAAAAUUCAACAAGGCUUACUUCGUGAAGGUUUUGAAUUAAUAUCUGAAGCACAUAAUUUAUUAAAUAAUGUUUAUGGUCCACUACAUCCUGAAAUUAGUAUGUGUUUAAGAUUAUUAGCACGAUUAAAUUAUAUUAUGGGAGAUUAUCAAGAAGCAUUAUUUACACAACAUAAAGCUGUUAUGAUGUCUGAACGUGUAUUAGGUGUUGAUCAUCCACAAACAGCAACAGAAUAUAUUCAUAUGGCUUUAUAUUCAUUUGCAAAUGGUCUUUCAAUAAAUGCUUCGAAAUUACUUUGUCGUGCUCGAUAUAUUAUUUUAACAUGUUGUGGUGAAAAUCAUCCACAAAUUAGUCUUAUUGAUAGUAAUCUUGGAUUGAUUUUACAAUCAUAUGGUGAUUAUGAAAAUGCACUUAAAUUUAUGGAAAAAUCACUUGAAUUAAAUAAAACUUUUUAUGGAACAAAAAGUCUUAAAGUAGCUUUAUCACAUCAUCUUUGUGCACGUAUUCAAUCAUGUCGUGGAGAUUUUCGAUCAGCAUUGAACAGUGAACGUGAAGCUUAUCAAAUAUAUAGAGCACAGCUUGGUGAUGAACAUGAACGAACACGUGAAAGUGCUCAAGUACUUAAACAUUUAACUGAACAAGCUGUUGUAUUACAAAAACGAAUAAAUGAUGUUGUUAAAGGUCAAUUACUUGUUAUACCAAGUUUAACUAUUCAACAACCAAGUUUUCAAAAUGUCUUAGAAAUGCUUAAUGUUGUUAAUGGUAUUUUAUUUAUUCAAAUACGUGAAAAAGACCUUGAUCUUCUACGAGAAGAAAUGGCUAAACAAUCAACUGAUGACCGACAACAGCAACUACAACAACCAUCAACGCCUUCUGUUACAACUAUAUCCGAUGCAGCUGAACAAGCAGCAGCAUUAAUGAAUAAUGAAGUCGAUUAA